AUGGGCAAGGAGAACGCGGCUGGAGUGUCGUCCACCAGUUCUUCGUCCUCAGCCUCAGCAGCAGCAGCAGCAGCAGCAGCAGCGGCCCCCGUGUCGACUGCCGCAUCGCCCGCCUUUGCCACAACGCCCGCCCAGCUCGAUGAUCUCCGCCGCCGCGCUUCCGCGAGCGAUGCGCAUCCCGACUCGACCAGCGACGCGAUCGAAGCCCAGUUCCAGCUCGGCCUCGCGCUGCUCCAGCUCGCCCAGCCCGCCGUCCCGCCCGCCGCCCCACCAGCGCAGCCAUCCACAUCCACAUCCACAUCCACACCAUCGUCGUCUAGCACCGCUGGCAAAGUGAUGCCCGACCACCCGCAGGCGUUGAUCUGGCUUCGUCGUGCAGCAGAGCGCAAACACGCAGGCGCUGCGCUCCAGCUCGGGUUGCUGCACGAGUAUGGCGCGGCAGGCGCACCGAAGAGCGACCAGGAAGCCGCCGCUUGGUACCAGCGAGCGCAGUCCAUGAAGCAAUUUGGCACGGUGCAGCACACAUCCGAGGCUGCAAGGCGUUAUGCAAGCCUGUGCCUGGUCGGCCGCGGGGUCAAGCAGAGCGUCACAGACGCCAUCGCUUGGCUCAGAAUUGCGGCAGAAGCCAAUAACAAGUUUGCUCAGUUGGACUUGGCACUGGUGCUGUCGCGGGAAUCGCCGCUUGUCGACCGCGACGGCACAAAGUCAAACCCUCGCGACGAACUCGAAGCGUCCAAAUGGCUGCACCAGGCCGCGCUCAACGGGCUGACGGACGCCCAGUACAUGCUGGCAGAGUUUUACUUUGCCGGACGUGGUGUCAAGAAGGACGUACCCGAGGCUCUGCGCCGACUGAAGGUGGCGGCAGCUCGGGGUCACAACCCCGCGCGCGUUCGGCUUGGCGCGCUCUACGACAAGGGCGAGUCGGGCGUGCUGCGAGAUCGCGCAGAAGCCUUCAAGUGGUACAUGCAGGCGGCCGAGGCCGGCGACGCCGUGGGCGAGUACGCAGUGGCGGGAUUUUACAAGAAGGGCAUUCACGUCGCCUUGAACGACCCGGAGUCUGUCAAGUGGCUCAUUCGCAGCGCCGAGCACGGGUGUUCGGACGCACAGGUUGCGCUCGGAUCCCGCUACAUGGAUGGCAAGGGCGUUGGGCAAGACCGCAAGGCCGCCGUGCACUGGUUUCGAAAAUCGUCCGAGCAGCUCAACCGCUCUGGCCAGUUCUGGAUGGCCAACAUUUUCGCCAACGGUCGGGGGCUCACCAAGAACGACAAGGAAGCCUUCAAGUAUUACAAGAUGGCCGCAGAGCAAGGCCUCGCCGCCGCGCAAUACACCCUCGGUCACAUGUACACCAAGGGACGCGGUGUCGCGGCGAGCCAAGCUGAGGCGAACAAGUGGUUCCGACGGGCAGCCGAUCAAGGCAACCUGCACGCCAAAGCCGCGCUCGAGUCCACGGCGGCCGAAGAGAUUGAGAUGGUUCCGCAGGAGGACGAAGACGACGAGCUCAGCCAAGUGGCCGUGUCGUCGCAAAAGUUUGCGUCCAGAAUGGGCUCGGCUGCUGUUGAUUCGAGCGCCGGAGGCUUUCCGUCCUCCACGAGCGGAGGGGUGAGCACUGGCUCUGGCGGGGCAUGGAGUCAAGGAGCGGGCGGUUCCUUCGAUGGGGACGCUGCUCCUGGAACCGAAGGCGCUGCAGCAACAGCAGCAGCAGCAGCAGCAGUCGCAGCAGCAGUGGAAGCGUUAUCAGCGUCAGGAGGCGCUGCUGUUGCUUCCUCAGCCAUCCCGUCCGCGACUCCCGUCCCUGGCGUCACGUUCGGCCAUAUGGAGGCCGUGGUGCAACAGCUGCACGCGUCGGAUCUCCAUGCCAAGCAGCUUGCCGUUCAGCUCGACGCUGCCAAUCGACUGUUUGCCGAGUUUGAGACCCGAUACCGAACUCUUGAAGUGCAAAUAGCGACUGUGCACCAGCAGCUGCAGGCCCAAACGCAGCAGGCGCUCCAGGCUGAAAAUCGCGCGCUGGUGGCAGAGCAGCAGCUUGCGACUCUGCGACCAAUGUACGAGGAGGAGACCACACGUCGGAGCCAGCUGGAGCAAGCAGUGACGACUCUGAUGCAGCAAAUCCAACACCAACAACAGCAGCAGCAACAGCAGCAACAGCAAGCUAAUUCUCCCCAUGCAACAACGGGCGCUUCGUCCCAGCAGCAGCGUGUUGUUCCAGUCGAAUUUCCUUUCGAGAUGCUCUCGAACGCCACUUCUGGCUUUGCGCCUGAGCAGAAACUCGGCCAGGGCAGCUUUGGCGAAGUGUACCGGGGUGCCAUUCAGAACAAGCGUGUGGCUGUCAAGCGUCUUGUGGAUAUGACGCGUUCGUUCGAGGCCUUGCAGGCUGAUCUCACCCUUGCCGCCAAGCUCCGUCACGCCAAUCUCGUUCUUUUCGUUGGGUUUGCCCGUCCCGCAGUCCCGACUCCAAACUGCACACUUUGCAUUGUAUACGAGCCUGUGAUCAACGGAAGCUUGCGCGAUCGCCUUGAUCGCACGUCGCUCGACUUUCCCGCGCUGUCCUGGGAGUUGCGUCGCUCAGUUGCCUUGGGCGUGGCAAACGGCAUGUACUUUUUGCAGUCUGCAUUGCCAAGCGAGCCCGUCUUCCACCUGGGACUCAAGUCGACCAAUGUGCUGCUGGAUGCGAGCUUUGUCCCGAAAAUUUCAGACACUGGCUUUGCUCGAACCCCCAGCCACCAACUCUCGCCGUUCAUGUGCCCUGAAUACAACCAAACUGGCUACGUCUCGACACGCACGGAUGUCUACUCGUUCGGCAUUCUGCUACUCGAGCUCGUGACGGGCAAGGUGACGGUCGACCAAACACAGCGCGACAGCGCCAAACUGUGCUGGCGUCGUCAACGCUCGUCGCUCGAGGCGCUUGUCGAUGCACAAAUCACCACCGCCCCCGGCUGGGGUCCAGAAAGGCUGACUGACGUGAACGAACUGGCCGCUCUCGCCAUGCAGUGCGUGGAGGAUUUCCAUGCCGACCGACCGACAUUUGCGGCAGCUAUUGCCCGCCUCGGCGGCGGCACAGUGCCCGAGCGGUAUCCCGCGACUGGCGACACAGAGUGCGUUGUAUGCUUCCAAAACCCCAUCUCGCGCAAGGUUCUCCCAUGCAUGCAUGCCGCAUACUGUGCACGCUGCGCCGACGUCAACAUGCUCAAGGCCUGCCGCGUCUGCCACACACGCGUCGAGCAUGUUGCACCCGUGUCGUUCUGAUGCACAUACCGAGGUUCAAGAGGAAGUAGAGAACGGUGUACGGGUGAAGGGUGCCGAUGUAUUUUGCAUUUUGGCGCCGAAAAGUGAUGAACAAACAUUUGUAAAAAAAAAACACGACCGCUAUUGCAAAUGAUA